GAAGAUGCUGCGGGCGGAACCUGGCGGAGCGUGCGGGAUUCGGGGGCGCUAAAGUCGCAGGGGCAGGGCGGGAAGGAAGAUCCGGAGCAGGAACCGGAUCCGGAGCUGGAGCCCCCAGAACCUUCCCUCCGUGAAGAAGAGAGCAGGUCGGGACCAGUGAGGCCGGCUCCAUGUAUCCAGAAUCAACCACGGGCUCCCCUGCUCGGCUCUCCCUGCGGCAGACAGGCUCCCCCGGGAUGAUCUACAGUACUCGGUAUGGGAGUCCCAAAAGACAGCUCCAGUUUUACAGGAACCUGGGCAAGUCAGGCCUGCGGGUCUCCUGCCUGGGGCUCGGAACAUGGGUGACCUUCGGAGGCCAGAUCACCGAUGAGAUGGCAGAGCAGCUAAUGACCUUGGCCUAUGACAAUGGCAUCAACCUCUUCGAUACCGCAGAAGUCUACGCGGCGGGCAAGGCUGAAGUCGUGUUAGGAAACAUCAUCAAGAAGAAGGGAUGGAGACGGUCCAGCCUCGUCAUCACCACCAAGAUCUUCUGGGGAGGAAAAGCGGAGACCGAGAGGGGCCUUUCCAGGAAGCACAUAAUAGAAGGUCUGAAGGCCUCUCUGGAGCGGCUGCAGUUGGACUACGUGGACGUGGUGUUUGCCAACCGCCCGGACCCCAACACACCCAUGGAAGAGACCGUGCGUGCCAUGACCCACGUCAUCAACCAGGGGAUGGCCAUGUACUGGGGCACAUCGCGCUGGAGCUCCAUGGAGAUCAUGGAGGCCUACUCCGUGGCCCGGCAGUUCAACCUGAUCCCGCCCAUCUGCGAGCAGGCCGAGUACCACAUGUUCCAGCGCGAGAAGGUGGAGGUGCAGCUGCCCGAGCUCUUCCACAAGAUAGGAGUGGGCGCCAUGACCUGGUCCCCUCUGGCCUGCGGCAUCGUGUCCGGAAAGUACGAUAGCGGCAUCCCGCCCUACUCGAGAGCCUCCUUGAAGGGCUACCAGUGGCUGAAAGACAAGAUCCUGAGUGAGGAGGGCCGGCGCCAACAGGCCAAGCUGAAGGAGUUGCAGGCUAUCGCCGAGCGCCUGGGCUGCACCCUCCCCCAGCUGGCCAUAGCCUGGUGCCUGAGGAACGAGGGGGUCAGCUCCGUGCUCCUGGGUGCUUCCAGUGCGGACCAGCUAAUGGAGAACAUCGGAGCAAUACAGGUCCUUCCAAAACUGUCGUCUUCCAUUAUCCACGAGAUCGAUAGUAUUUUGGGCAAUAAACCCUACAGCAAAAAGGACUAUAGAUCCUAAGAAGCCCCCGGCCGCUGGCCCGGACAGUCUGUUUCCCUCCUAGUCUCUGUCCGCUCGCUUAAGCUGCUCUGAAGCCAAGUCAAGAGUGUGGUUUGCAUCAAAAUGAAAACAACGCACCAAGAUGUCACCAGGAAAAGAUCUCUUUGUCGCUGCAAGACACCAUCUGCCGCUUCGCAGGACCACUGUCGGACCGGGCCAGGGAGAGAGCACUGAUGCGGAAGGACAGUCCAUCGGUCCCACCCAAGCCUGCCACCUCUGCUUAUCCUCCAAGAAGACAGCACCAUGUUCUCCCAGCCACGGCCCUCCUCAGAGGCUCAAGGCCAGGCCAGGCCGAGAGCCGGUUGGGUCCUAGGGGCAGGCAGGGCUGAUCUCUCCUUUGUCGAGAACCCCGACCUGGUGUUCAGGGAGCAAAAGAGGACACUGGGUCUGGCUCUUCCUGUGGCCCCCGCUCCCGGGGCCCUGGGUCUCCCUGCUGGGGGUCUCCCCCUUGCCGAGGGCUCCAGGUUCUUUCCAACGGGCCUCACUCCGGAUUCUUCCCCUGCCCCCAUUUCCACCGCCACCCACCCCAGUGGUCUCUGAGGGGCCUUUCGUGCUGUCCCUUGACCUCCGCCUCCUCCCUUGCGGGCAGGGGCAGGGAUCCAGGGGAACUGCUCUGCAGUUGGGGACGCACGAAAAAUGUCAGGGUCUGGUUUCUGGCUCAUCGCCCUGUCUUCCUCCCUGCGCACAAUCAAUGAGCCACGUGGCAGGGAGGCCCAAGUGCUUAGGAGGGGCCUGGGGGAGCGGGCUCCAGCCCAGGUCCCUCCAGGGCCCCACCUGCCGUCCCUGCCAGGUGCCCAGUCCAUUGCCCCUCUGUCCUUGAGCCAGAAUGCUUUGAUGUCAUGCAUGCUUAGCUGGACUCUGGCUGCUGACCACUCUUGGGGUGGGCCGCCUCUGCUCUGCCCCAGGGUGGUGGCCUUGGGAUCUGCAGAGAGAACAUGCUGAGACCCUUUCACUGAGGGGGGUCCCUGGGGUUUUCCGUGCUACGUGCCCAGGGGCUGGGGGCCCGAACACCCAGCAGCAGCCCACACAAUGUAGGAAAAGACCCCGGGAGUCUCUCCCAGGAGAGAUGCCCCUCUGAGGCCCAGAUCGGGUGGGGGUGACAUAUUAGUCUCACGGGGCUAAGUGUCUACAUGCUCAGAGCUUGGGACCUGGGCAGGCAGGCUGCAGUGCAGCCCCUGCAACCACUUCCCCACACCCUGUGAGAAGUGAGGACGAUGGGGUUGGUCCUUCCCUUCCAGGCCCCACCCCAGCCUGGAACAGCUUGGGGACAGGGAGGGAGGGCAGGACAAGCACAACUGUCAGACCCUUUGCAGCCCCUGCCUGGGGCUGGAGGGAUUUGGGGUGGAGGGCCUGCAGCCAGAAGCCCCAGCCCCUGUGGUCCUGGGGGGUACCCCAGCCUUUGCUGGCUAUGUAGGGGCUGGAGCCAGGCUCUACAGAUGUGCCAGGCCACUCUGUAGGGGCCCCCGUGUGCCUCCCGCCCCACCCGGCACACCCCCAACCCUCAUGCUCCGCGGGUCCUGCUUCACCCUUCAGAGAAGCUACUCCGAGAGGGCCUCCCCGCCCCUCCCUGCAUUCGCAUUCUCAAAGGGCUUGCUGUCCAGUCCUGCCUGGGCCCAGGCCUGGGAAUUGGCUUUAAGAAAGCCGCAAAGGCAGGGGCGGAGGCGGGAGGGGGAGACUUCCUCUACUCCCAACCUUUAUGCUGACCCUAGAGGCUAGAACCUUCCCCCUCCUCAUAGACCCGGCCCCUGGAGGUCUUCACCAAGUCUCCUACAAGCUUCACCCCGUGGGUGUGGGGAGGGGGCAACGCCUGUCCCAGCAGAGGUCCCGGGCCUGCAGCCACUCCCCACCAUCACACAGGGCAGGGGUGUCCUGCUCUGAGGACAGGGCCCCACACUGGGCAUUUCAUCCCAGGCCCCCUCAGCCAGUCCCAGUGGCUGGCCGUGCUGAGGGGCCAGAUGGCCCACCCCUCACUGGAGAGAGUGGCUGGGCCCCCUCCACAAUGCUGCCCCCCGCCCACCCGCUGUUGGAAAAGGGACCGGGGCUUGCAGUGGGGCCCGAGGUGGGGGCUUCUGCCCCCAUGAGCCACACCCAAGAAGGCGGAGCCCCUGGUGGCCACACGUUUCCCAAACGGAGAAACAAGGGCCCCCAGUUGAGCUCGGCCAAGGCAGAAAUGCCCAGAGCAGGACCCAAGCAGCCUCAGGCCCUGGGGCACCAUCCACAGCCUGAUUCUGAGGUGUCUUGUUUUUCACACCCACUUUUGGGGAAGACAGGGCUCUGCUUCCUAGGGGAGGGUCCCCCGAUUUAGGCGGGGGCUGGAGUGGGGAGGAGGGCUCAGACGGAAGGUUCAGGAUGGGCCUAGAAACGGAAGAGCUGGGGGGGGCAGGCACGGAGGGGUGGCCUGGGCCUUGGCACGGGUUUAGGGCCAGCCGGCCUCACCCUACUGGGUUGAGGGAAGCCCACCAGCCACCCGCCAGCCAGCCCCUCGCCUUCCCCUUGAAGCAGAGUGUACCCCGUGGGGUCCCCUCCAGGAGGGCCUGACACAGGAGGCAGACCGGGUCUAGGGGCAGGGGCGGGACCAGUCUUCCUUGUUAGUGACACACGGAGCCCCCACCAUUCCUCAUCCCAAAUCUGUGGUUAAUUCUGAGGUCUGGAGGAACGCCAGAGGGACUUGCUCUGUCUCCUGUUCUCUCCCACCCGUGUAAAUAAUGUGCUUUUUUUCCCCUCCCUUUUUUUUUUAAUGACUCUGGUUCCUCAGCUAACUGCUUCCCCACGUAGGCAGAGAUGCCAUACGCCUCGCACUUCCCAACGACACUCAGCCAAGACACAGCCACCGUAUUUAUGGAAGGACAAAAUAAAACCCAAGCCCA